AUGUCGGACGAAAUUGUCUGGCAGGUGAUCAACCAGCAGUUCUGCUCCUACAAGCUGAAAACAACCAAAGGCCAAAACUUCUGCCGCAACGAAUACAACGUCACAGGCCUGUGCAACCGACAAUCUUGCCCCCUCGCUAACAGCCGCUAUGCGACCGUGCGCUCAGACCCCGAGACGGGGGCAAUGUACCUGUACAUGAAGACCAUCGAGCGGUCGCACAUGCCGAGCAAAUGGUGGGAGCGCGUGCGGCUGUCCAGCAACUACGGCAAGGCGCUGGAACAGCUCGACGAGCGACUGAUCUACUGGCCAAAGUUCCUGGUGCAUAAGUGCAAGCAGCGCCUCACGCGGCUGACGCAGGUGAAUAUCCGGAUGAAGAACAUUGCCAAGGAGGAGGAGCGUCUGGGUGAAAAGGUGGUUCCUAAGUUGGCGCCCAAGGUUCGGCGGAGAGAGGAGACUCGUGAGCGCAAGGCGGAGAGCGCGGCCAAGGUGGAGCGCGCUAUUGAGCGGGAGCUCAUUGAGAGGUUGCGGUCUGGUGCUUACGGUGACCGGCCGCUUAACGUGGAAGAGGGAAUUUGGAAGAAGGUUCUCAGGGGCCUGGAGAGGGCUGGUGAUGGGGAGAGGGAUGAGGAUAUGGAUGAUGGGGAGAUGAUCGAGGAGGAAGAGGAGGAGGAGGGUGUCGGUCAGGUUGAGUAUGUCAGUGAUUUGGAUGAGGAUGAGGAGGAUCUCGAGGAUAUUGAGGACUGGCUGGGUGCUGAGUCCGGGGAUUCGAGCGAUGAGUUUGACGAUGAGAGCGAGGACGACGAGGACGAGGACAGUGAUGAUAACGCUGCCAGCGUUGAUGACAAGAAGCCUGCGUCUGCGAACAAGCGGAAGCGUCCGGCGCCCCAAGUGAAGCCGCGCAAGAAGGGCCCGCGCAUCGAGAUCGAGUACGAGACGGAGGGCGCUGGCAAGGAGCAGCUCAUGGCGUGA